UAUCAAGGAUGUCAUCUAUUAAUAAUGAAUUAAAUGAACAACAAAAUGAAAGUGGACGUAGUUCAACAUCAUCAACAUCAAGCUUUACAACAUACACAAACGAACGUACUAAAAAAAAUUCUAUAAAACCAAUUCAAGUAUCAGGUUUAACAAAUUUACCGUCGGCAAUUACCAGUAACGGUAAUAGUAAUGUAUUAAAUGGUAAUGAUAAUAAUUCUUUAAAUGGUAUCAAUCGUAUAAGUCCAUCAUCAAAUUCAAGAAGUGGUGGUGAAUUCAAUACAAAUUUGAAUGCUGAUUCAAUUUUGUCAGAUGAAGAACUUUCAGAUUAUUCAUUUUAUAGUGAUGAUGAUGAAUUUUCCCAAAUAAAUAAUAAUAAUAUUCAAAGAAGUCAUUCAGUUUGCAGUGGUGGUAGUAUUAGCGGUGGAUCUUAUGAUAAUCAAAAUGGUGGAACAUUAAAAUCAAUUAAUUCGAAUUCUUUAAAUCAAUCAAUAAGCAAUCAUUCAAAUUUAUUAUCAGCAAAUACGACAUCAUCAUCUACAACAAUUAAUACACAGCAAUCAUCAAUAACAUCAGAUAUUGAACAAUUUACACCACGUAACGGUAUUAUACGUAAAAUGUAUACGAAUACAAGAGAACGAUGGCGUCAACAAAAUGUAUCUGGUGCUUUUGCUGAAUUACGGAAAUUAGUACCAACACAUCCACCAGAUAAAAAACUUUCAAAAAAUGAAAUAUUAAAAAUGGCAAUAAAAUAUAUUAAAUUGCUAACAAGUGUUUUAGAAUGGCAAGAUCAACAAGAAGAAUUAAAUUCUAGACGUGAAAAUGAACCAAAUAAUAAUGCACCAUCUCAACAAUCUCAACCAUCUCAAUUAAAUUUAAAUACAAUUAUUAAAAAAGAAAUUUUAGAAGAUUCAUCAACAUCAACAUCGACAAAUCAAAUUCCAAGUAAUAGUUCUGAAUUGAUUAAUAAAAAUUUGAAUUUAUAUCAAAAUUCUAUGGUAUUAUCAUCACAAUCUUCAAGUAUUAAUACACAAAUUUUAAUGAAUACAGCAAUUGGUUCGAAUAUCAGUAACAAUAAUAAUUGUCAAACUAUUACAAUUUUAAGAAAUAGAUAUUUAAAUAAUUAA